AGCACGAUGGACUCGCAGGGGUCGAACGCCGAGCGCACUGCGCGAUACCUGCACGAGGAGAAGCUUCGGAAGGAGCAGGAUGGCGACGCCAACAAGAAAAUGUCGUGUCGGUGGUUCCUGGACCGGUCGUUUUACUGCGUCACACCCGGCAACCAGAUGGAGCAUUUCUACAGAUACGGCCAGGUAGACGAGUGCAAGUUCACGUGGAAGAACAUGUACCUGUGCUACCGAGCGAGCAUGAUGGACGAGGAGAAGCGCCAGGACUUCCUCAAGGACACGCCGCUGGACGCGUCCAAGGGCCCGCACAUCACCGACGUGUGGGAGGAGAAGGAGACGCCGAGCUGGUAGAGCCAAGGACAAUAGCUGUGGCUUUUGCUGGGUGCAGCUGUGAUAGAAACCUUCGCACUGGACGGACACUCGAAUUUCACUCACCCAAUCACUU